UUGUUUACAUAUUCUUAGCAACAAACAUAUAAAUGUCAAAAUCGUAAAAUUAAAGGAAAAAAAGUAUUUUUAAUAAUUAUUCAAAGUAACAAAAAACAAUAAUUAUGACCAAAACAAGCCAUAAAAAGAAUAGACCAUUUGAUUUUAAGCUAAUCGAUUUAGUGGAACCUCAUCCGGUUCUAUAUCAGCCAAUACCCGGAAUGUCUACAUUUGAAGUGAUGAAAACAAAAAGUACAUUGUGGCAACAAAUUUCCAAUGAAAUGGGUUUUCCUGUACAAUUUUGUCUCAGUCGUUGGAAUAACUUAAGAGGACAAUUCCAAAAAGAGCUCAGACAUUGCACUGAACUUUGUCCCAAAAGUGGUUUGAUACGUGGUUCGACUUGGCCAUAUCUAAAUCGAUUGAAAUUUUUGGAAGCUACUGUACUAGCUAAUAGAACCAAAAAACUAAAAUUAAGUAAACGCAAGUUGAAGGAAUUACAACAAUUGGAACAGCAAUUUGAAUGGCGAUCGGAGGAAGAAGAAGACGAAGAGGAAGAGGAGGAGGAAGAUAGACUAAGUGAGGAGCCUGAACAUGAAUACAACAUAGAAGAAAUAACCGAUAACGUUGAACACACUGAGGUAAUAGAGGAAACUUAUAUCGCUGAUGAGGAUUACUCUAUUAUUGAAGAAAUUGCGGAGGAGGUAGUUGCCGAAGCUACAGAGCAUGUCGAACACUUUACACCUAAUGAUACCAUGGAAAAUUAUCGCAAAAUGCAGUCACUUUUAGAUACAUUUGAAGAAGAAGCUAUGCAAAUCAUAGAAAGACGUUUAUUGGCUUUCCUGUGUAAAUGCCAGUUAAGAGCCUUAAGUAAUCAAACUAUUGAUGAUUUGUUUGUUUAAUUCUUAUGAUUUUUUUUCUUCUUUUCAUUACAUAUUUUUAUUAACAAUUUAUUUUAGUUUAUACAAAAAAGAGAAAUAAACUACAGUUUAUAUCUGAUUUAAGAUUAAA